AAGGGCGCCACGCCGCAGGCGCGCAGGACGCCGAAGAAGUCGCGCACGGCCGCGGCGAAGGCGCCGUAGUCGCCGCCGCGUCGGAAGUCGGCGUCGGGGGCGAGGCAGAGGCGGUGGUAGAGGCUGCUGCCGUCGAUGACCAGCUUGGUGUCCCGCACACGCAGCUCGGUGAAGAACACCCCGCGCUCCUCCACGAAGCCCGUGAGGCCCUGCACGCCCAUGGCGGCGGAAGCAGUGCCGGCAGCGACAGGCGGAGCGCUCCGAUCCCGGAUCCGCUUCCUCUCGCUCCUCCCGCCCGCCCGCCGUCUCCUGGCGACGGGGCCGCGAGCGCCGCCAGCCCCGGGGGACACGGCCAGCCCCGGGGGACAGGCCAGCCCCGGGGGACACGGGCCAGCCCAGGGGACACGGGCCGGCCCCGGGGGACAGGGGCACCCCGAGGCACCGCAGCCCCGCCGGGACGGGCUCUGGGGGCAGCGCCGGCUCCCGGGGAGUCCCGCCGCGCCCGGAGGGGUGAGGAACGGGGACGCCGCCCUCGCCCCUUGCCGUGCUGGAAUGCGGGUGCUAACUUGUGUGUUUCGGGUCUCACGCAGGCUUGUAACGAGAGAAAUGCUGAAAUUUCAAGAAACUGCUAAGCAUGCCACUGUUGCCAGAUUUAAUUCUGCUUGCUCAGAUGCUGUGAUUGCAAGAAGAUACACUAUUCAGAUGAAACUUGGCAAUGGAAGCUUUGGAAGUGUGUAUUUGGUUAAUGACAGAAAAGCAAAACAAGGAGAAGAACUCAAGGUCCUAAAGGAAAUCUCUGUUGGAAACCUAAAGCCUAAUGAAACAGUUGAAGCAAAUCUGGAAGCACAACUACUCUCCAAAUUAGACCAUCCAGCCAUUGUCAAAUUUUAUGCAAGCUUUGUGGAGCGAGAUAGUUUCUACAUUAUCACUGAGUAUUGUGAGGGUGGAGAUCUAGACUUUAAAAUUCAAGAGUACAAAGAUUCUGGGAAGAUGUUCACUCAAAGUCAAGUAAUAGACUGGUUUAUACAGUUGUUACUCGGAGUCAACUAUAUGCAUGAAAGGCGGAUACUUCACAGGGAUUUGAAAGCCAAGAAUAUAUUUUUGAAAGAUAGUCUUCUUAAAAUUGGAGACUUUGGAGUUUCAUGUCUUUUGAUGGGUUCAUGUGAUCUUGCAACUACUUUUACUGGGACGCCAUACUACAUGAGUCCAGAGGUUCUGAAGCACCAGGGAUAUAAUACAAAAUCUGACAUUUGGUCUCUGGGAUGCAUUUUGUACGAGAUAUGCUGUAUGAACCAUGCAUUUACUGGACAGAAUUUUUUGUCUGUUGUGUUAAAAAUUGUGGAAGGUGAAACACCUUCUCUUCCUGAUAGAUAUCCAAGCCAACUGAAUGCUGUGCUACGCAGUAUGUUAAGUAAGAAUCCUUCACUGAGACCAGCAGCAGCAGAGAUCCUAAAAUCCCCUUAUAUUGAUGAACAACUAAAGAAAAUACAGUACAAGUUUACAAACGUGACUGUGGAAGACAAGGCACUUAACUGGCAGAAAGAAACUGCUCCCAUUUUUGGUGCUGUGCAGAGGAAAGUUCAUUUGCAAACUCUUCAGGAACUUUCUGAAGUACAGAAAAUGACACCGCGGGAACGAAUGCGGUUGAGGAAGUUGAAUGCUGCAGAUGAGAAAACAAAGAAGUUGAAGCAGCUGGCGGAAGAAAAAUAUCAACAAAAUAUCAAAAAAGUGCAAGAAUUCAGGUCCCAUAAUUUUCAGCAGCUGAAUGUCAACAUCCUACACGAAUCUGAUGAGCAGACUUCAAAACAGCUCAUCCGUUCUCAGCCGGGCACUAUGGGCAGCUGUGUAUCCACAGGAAAUGAUGAACCAGGAGGGAACGGGACAAGGGAGCUCGGCAUGUCUGAACUGACAGACCAUGAGAUCCCUGAAGAUCCAGAAAUUGCAGAAGAAUAUUAUAAAGAUGAGUUUGAAUCCUGUUCAGAAGACAGUGAAGAGGAGGAAGACGCAGAAUUGUCAUGGACAGUCUCUAAGACAAAUCACCAGGACAGUGAUAUGGAGGCAAUGGUUGAGUAUUUGGAGAGUGUCUUGAAUAGCAGCUCUUUGGGUCUGCCAUUGGGAAGCUGGGAGUGGAGACAUUCGAGGCAGUGUACAGCUGCCUCAAGCAGGCGAGACAGCGGAAUGCCAGUGAGGAGGAGAUCAGGAGCUCUUUGGAGAAACUGGUUUCUAGAGCAAGUGACUGCUUCGAAGUGGAUCAGCUGCUGUACUUCGAGGAACAGCUACGGCCGUCAGAGCCACAUCUUCAGCUGUGACAGUGUGCCAGCAACAGCUGGAAAUGGCACUGAGGGGGAAGGGGCCUCCCUCGGGCCAGCACGCAGGUACAGGAGUGUUUGCAGGACACCGCUGAAAAUGAUGUAUUACAUCAGCAUGUGGGCAAGCUCCAUUUGAGAGUCCAGGCUGCAGUCAGAAGUGGGUAAAUACAACACGAAUUCCAGGGGCAGGAAGAAGUGCAAAUGUUUGUGACAGUGGAGGGGAGGAUUCACAGUUGCCCAUGUCCCCUUUUUCUGCCUCUUAAAGCAUGAGGAAGGGUGUUCUGGGCCGUGGCUGGGCAUCAGUCCUGCACUGAGAGCAUCGCUGGCAAAGCUGCCUCUGAUGGAAUGAUGCAGGAUUAGACUCCAGCUGCUGUUGAUUUCUGUGCUAACUGGUCCUUAUGACAUUUAAGCCUAUAAUUUUUGUAAUUUGGCAGUUUUAGUCUUAAACAUACAUGUAUAUGUGUGGCCACUCAGCCCCGAAUUGUCUUGUUAUUACUGAUUGUUCAAAAGGGCUGUAUUUAAUCUGAGCUUCAAUGGAACUGUGGAAAUACAUGCAUAUGUGCAUAUUUAUAUACAUAUAUGCAUGCUCACAUAUACAGAGAUAGGUGUGUAUAUUCAUAAUGACAGAAGUAUGUCUGGUCAUACACUGUACUUGUAUAAAGAGUUUUGGAUUAAAUUCCUUCUUCAAAAAUGGAACAAUAAACUGAUUUUUUUUCUGCCUUG